AUGCUAGAAAAGACCAAAGAAGAAAUUGAAAUCAAGAAGAAGUACAACAAAAGGCAGGAUAUUUUAAAGAUAAGCGAGACAAGGGCAAAAAAGAGAAAAAAUGGAGAUGAAGAGAAGAGUUUAAAAGAAAAUGCUUUAACAAAACAACCAGAUGAGGCAUCUUGGAAUAUCUUAAAACUUACAAAUCUCUCCCCGAUGUCAGAUUUAACGCGAAUGCGGUCUGACACUUUCCAGUCGCAUUUUCUUAUCGCUUGGGAUGUUGUUUAG